GUCAUCUGAUAAACGUGAAUUAUAAGUGGAAGAGCUGGGAAUUUUGAGUUAGUUUCUUCAAAACAAAAACAAAAAACAUCGAGGAAACGCCUGUCUCAUCAAUCUUAAACGUCUGGAGAAAACGUCAAAGCUGCGGUAACGGAGGGCUUUCUAAAGUGAUCUUACAGCAUCAGCUCUCUCUUACUUUUGUAAAGGAUGUCGGUUGCUGUCGAUUUAACUCCAGCUCGAUUAGCCUGACCAACAAAAAAAUGCGUCUUAGUUUUACCUAAUUCAACAUCAAUGACAAAGCUGCCGACCACGUGCAGGUCCAUCGGUAUAGUUCGUGACAUACUUAGCGUGGUUCCUGUUUUCUUGCUACAGGACCAGAUUUUAUGUUGUAGGAAAACAUGCCUGUCUUCAUUGGAAAUUUUCAUGUAAUAGAAAAAAAGACACAAAAAAUGAAAGGCUAUCAGAGCUGACAAGAUGUUCAGAUUUUUGUAGGGAUUGCCAUAAUUUUUCAAAUUCGAAAGAAGGGUUUUUGAUGGAUCUUUUGCAGGAGUGACAGCUUCAUUUUUCACCCGGCCUUUUUUCAAUUUCUUCUUCCAUCAAAUAUUUCAGAGAUAAGAAUGUUAGCGUUCAUAGAAACUCUAUAAACAGGAUAUUUGCAACUCUGAUUUUUAUCGUGAGCUGAUUAUAUUAGCCAUUGAAGUAAUGCAUAUGCAAGUGUUCCUUUCCUUUAUUUUUUUCUCACUUCGUUUUGAACUCACUGCCUCCAUGUACUUCCUUUUUGCCUAUUAUGGGAAAUCUGGCAUCAAAAUCAUAUCUCUUUAAAAAUAUCUUGCACAAUCGUACUGUUCCGCCUAUUUCUCAAUUCUUUAUCCGUUCCCCCGCCCCCUAUCCCCCGUGGUGUCAUCUGUUUGCAGACGCUUAAGUUUCUUGUUUGGUUAGCUGUCGGUUCAUAGUCUUUUGUGUGCAGAGGAUUGAGUUAAUAUCCACAGAGGUAAAUGGGCUUUACAAAUUCAUUUAUCAAGCUCAAUAAAACGGGAGUCUACUUGGAAACAAACCCCACCGCAGAUGCUUUUUUUUCAGUUCACAGUAUGCAGUCAUUAUAAUAAACCGUGGCACCUCGACUGUAUCAAUAUCCUGACACAGCUGUGUCGUAACAGUUUGUGCUGCGUCCUGCAUAUCACUACAGGUGUUGUGUGGUCAAAGUAUUUCGCAAAAGAACAUCGCAACAAAACGCACGAGUUGUAUCGUCAAACCGGACAUACAGUAGUACAGACAUUGUUUCAAAACAUACAACGCAUACUGUUGGAAUUCCACAAUGUUCUCUCUGUUCUAUCCCAACCAAUUCGAACGGGUAGGAUAGUAACCUCAGUCUCAGUGGUUCGUCACCACAACUGACCUAGGCCAGUGAUCACUACCUCCUGUAGGUACAAAAGAACAGUGAAUCCACCCUCAGCUUUCCACCCGUAGCAAACAUGGCUGCCAUCGACAGUCGAAGGGAAGCUACUCCUAAAUGAAAUACCAAGUAAAGGGGAGUAAUUCCCGUCAGUCGAAAGUGUGAUACCAAUGCCAUGAGGAGUGAUGUUUAAGAUUUUGUGGUAAAUGUAAACAUGACAUCAUCCAACAACACACCUGCCAUAAAUGGAGAAAAGAGUCACAGUGAAGAGACAGAAAAAGCACAAGAGCCACAAAAUUGCUGUCGAAAAUGUUUAGAUGUAUUCAGCUUUGUUCCAAAAAAUGCCACACCUCCCAACUGGGGUAUUCUAUGGCUUGUGUUUAUAUCUCUGUUUUCAAGUUCAUUCACAUUGACAUUUUUAUUUCCAUUUCUACCAGAAAUGGUGAAGAGUUUUGGUUAUAGUGAAGAAGAAAAGGGCACAUAUGUUGGUCUGAUAGCUUCCUCUGUUUUCGCUGGUCGAGCAGCAGGAAGCUUCUUCUGGGGAUGGUUGUCAGAUCUGAAAGGACGAAGACUGGUCUUACUAAUAACAAUUGUUGGAAAUGGACUUUUCUCAUUUUUAUUUGGGUUCGUACAUUCACUGCCACUGGCUAUGGCAUUGCGAUUCCUUGCAGGAUUGGCAAAUGGAACAGUGGGUGUAACCAAAGCAAUCUUGUAUGAUGUGUCUGACAACACAAACCAGGCAUUCAGCAUGUCUGUUAUUUCCAUUUCCUGGGGGGCUGGGCUCAUUCUUGGACCUGCAGUUGGAGGAUAUCUUGCCUUGCCAGCAGACAAGUAUCCGAGUGUGUUUUCACGUGAAGGAUUUUUUGCAAGUUUUCCAUUUAUUCUACCUAGUUUCUGCUGCCUUGUGGUGUGCUUGGUAGCUUUUAUUGCUGUUUUUCUUAAGUUCAAGGAUCCUACAGUUCUCAAAAAUGAAAAAGAAGUGGAAGUGUUGGCAGUAGAGCUAACAGACGGUGAGAAGGAUGAAGCACUGAAUGUAAUCCGGCCUUUACUGACUCACAAAAUAUCCUUGUCGACAAGUUCUUUACAUUCAUCUUCAAUCAAAACUGCAAUGUCUGUGGAAAAUCUGCAUUGUGAAUCAGAUGCUGCAUAUUUUAAUGCUAAACAGGAGAGUGAGAAACUGAGCCCAGAAAGGUGUGUAGUUAAUGGAACUUUUCUAGAUUGUGAGAGGACUCCUGAUAAUCAAGAAAUGGCUGGCAUGGGUGGUUCCUUGCCAAAGAACCAGGUUGCAAAAACUGCCACUGAAUCAGAAGCGUCAUAUGAAAAAAAAGAGGAUUUGAUUAUUGUAGAAAUGCUUGAAAGCCGUUCAUUAUCAUCUGAGAAGACUGGAAAGAAAUGCACCUAUUCACCAUCCUCGUGUUGGAAAGCGCUUCGCCACAGUAGCUUAAUACAGCUCUUAAGCAUAAGGGAUGUUCGAGACGCUAUAGCCCUAUAUGCUGUCUUCUCAUUUUCUGUCAUUGGUUAUGAUGAUGUCUUCACUAUAUUUGCAUCAACCUCAACUGAUUAUGAUGGCCUUGGCUUUAGCACUGAUGAGAUUGGAACAGCACUGGGGGCUGUUUCUAUACCUCUGUUGUUUAUCCAACUCAAAAUCUACCCACAACUGGUGGCUAAGUUUGGAAUUAGAAAAUCUUAUCUGAUCUGCAUGUUUUUCAUCUUCAUCCCAGUCCAGGUUCUACCUAUGCUGCAUCUUUUAGCUAACAGUAAAGUUUGGCUAUGGGUUGGACUGGUAGCACUGACACUGCCUAUGCGAGUAGCCAUGAAUUCAUGCUUUGCUGGUUCCUCUCUCUUCAUCAACAACUCAGUCAAAACGGACAUGGCUGGCAAAGCCAAUGGCCUUGGUAUGACUGCCACUGCCAUUGCCAGAACUUUGGCACCAACCAUAGGAGGAGCCAUGUUUUCUUGGUCACUCACAUUGUCUAACAAAGUUGGGCCGCCGCUGGAUGUGAACAUCACCUUUGUCUUCUUUGGCUUCAUCUUAUUUAUUAACACGUUACAGUGCCUGUUUCUGUCAAAUCGUCUUGACCACCAAAAGAAGUGAUGCAGUUUCCAUACAAAGUAUAACUGACUUAACAAUUACUUUAAAAAUAAGACAUAUUUUUGCAUGUACUAUACGUGUAGCAAGAUAUAUUUGUAUAUGCAUAUACAGAGAAAGGGGGGGAAAGAGAGUAACAAAAACAUCUAUACACUUUGAUUACUUAUUUCUUGAAUACAAGUACAGAUUAAAAUGUAGCUCUUGCAAUUUUGAAAGUCACAGAUGCUGACAAUGUGCACUACCAGCAGUUACAUAUUUUCUAGAAGUGUUAAACUUCUGCAACCAUCCUCAGCACAUCUCUUAUUUUACCUUUCACUCUGUUCAUUAUUUCGCUUUACAAUCCAUUGACAUUGUUCCAAGGUGAAUUCCAUAAAUGGGUAUAGUUAUUUUUGUAAAAGAGCAAAUUUAUAUGCUUAUCACUUUAGGUGUGUCACCUGUCUUUAUACACAUAAAAGAGUGCAUUUUAACUUAAAAGCAAAUGUGAGAGACAAGGGAAUGAAGUGCUUGUAGUUUAUGUUUUUAUUUGGUUUGUUUUUCUUAUGGGGAUAACUAUGUCAAGGAGACGGGGAAAGACACUUUGAAUACAUAAAGUCUGGAGUGUAGUUACAAAUUUACAAAGUUUUCAGAAUUUUAGAAGUCAUUAGUCUUAGUUAUUUUUAAAACAUAUAUACUAUUCCUAUGAGCUUGAUGUGUGAAUGUGUAAUAAUACAAAGUUAUUAUUUCGAGGCACAUAGUACAAAACUUUUGUUGUUGUUGCUGUUGUGUGUUCAAGAGAAAGAUAAUGGUUACAAAUUUUUUUUCCUUUCCCUCAUGACAUUAUGCAGUUUAUUGCAAGGGGUAAUUUAUUGAUAUCCUGACAUUUGUAUACCUUCUGAAUUUUGUUCACAGAAAAUGUAUGACGAAUGUCUGAUGUGCACCAGUAAUGAUGACCAGUAACAUGACAACUGACUACUGAUUAUGGCUUUUGCCUUUAGAACUGUUUACCUAGAUCAUAAUAAAACAUUUUAUUGUACUUAUAGAUCAUAAGACAUUUUAUAUUGUACUUAUUAUAAUUCAUUAAAGCUCUUGUUGGGUGAAACAAUGUGAUAAAAUGGAGUCAAACAUGUAUAUUGCAUAUGCCUGGAUUUUUUCAGUUUCUUGUUUAGUCGAUGUGAUAAAAUGAUGAAAGAUUUGUUUGAUGUAUUGAUCUGACAAAGAUCAAGGAGAUGGCAAUUAUUGUGUUCCAUUAUUAAUUCCAUUAUAAUCUUGUAGUUUCGUGAAUGUAGAUGUAAAGUACUCAAAGACUUUGUUUCAUUUUCAUUUCUAACCAUCUACAGUAUCAGGUUUCACACUAGAGGUGUAAAUUAAGUGGUGAGGUUCAAGAAUUCCAUCACCUCUUUGUGACAACUUUUAUGACAGCAAUCAUGAUAAUUUCUUCCCCCACGUCUAAAGAAGUAUUAUUUUAUUUUGGUUACAAUGUCAAUUGUCCUUUCAUUUAAAAAUGUGCUGAAAGCUAACAGCUGAAAUGUUGUUUUAGUUAUGGAGUGAUUGGACACUAAUUCUACUGAGUUUAAUGUAGUAUGCAGAUUCUUAUAUCAUCUGCAUGUGUAAACAUGCAUGCACUCAUAUGUGGUGUACACAUGUGUGUGUGAUUUACCAAAGAAAUCAAACAAGUCACAGAAACAUGCCUCAUUUCUACUAAUGACAAAAACAUGAAACUAUUUUCCUUGUUUUCUUGUUAAAGUAGGAUCUUUAGAAAAUGUGCUUUUGCAAAAUAAACUAACCUUUCUGUAACUUUCACUUACAAACAUGCUGUGGGUGAAAAGUAACACAUUACUUUAGCAUUAAUGAAUUAUUUCACUCAGGAAGCUUUAUUGUUAUUGAUAUAGUAUGGGUAAUAUACUUUUUUGUAUAAAUUGUGUUCAAAGUCACAUAGCAGUAAAAUAUCCUUCUUUGCAUCUUAUGGUAAUCUUACUGAUGGUCGUAAAUAAGUUUAUGACAAUUGACAAGUGACAGCCAUGGCCAGUUGAAGAAUGCAGCAGAAUCUUUAAUUAGUCUUAUUUUAUUUUUAGCAAAUGUUUGUCUCAUUCCUUUCAGUAUUGGCAUGUACGUCUGCUGUCACAUCUGACAAAAACAUGUCACAAAAUUUUCAUUGUUUUAUGUGGGGUGUGUUCAGACAUAUCCCAAAAUUUUAUUAAAUAUAAUUUUAAUAUUGUUCAUCUUGGUUAUGCAAGGUAGUUUGUGUCUAAUGUUUGUUUGCAUUGAUUUUGGAAAAAAGAACCAAGAACUGCAAAACCAGGAAACGGGUUCAAAAGAAGUUUGAUUUAUGAUGAGUCCAACAAAUAAAAAAGUUUCAACUGUAAAA